AUGGCGUUCGAUCGAAUGAGGGCUCUUGAGACUUACCUGCAGUCUUGCUCAGGGCUUGCCAAUUUCAAUGAGAUCUUGGAGCAGCAGUGCGUCCAGUUGGCAAAGGAAAUUCAGAACCUUACCAAGCUAGACUUCGAUGAAGGAGCUCCCCUACUAGCCAUGGUUCAACAGAAUCAGCUUUGGUCCAAACCGCACAAGGAGACCAUCUCCCAAGCAAUUCACAGGAAAGUGCAAGAAUCCAUGGGGGGCAAGGGUGUGGUUAGAGAUCGAGUGCAACAUCAACAGUUCACCUGGUUUCCUCAGUACUUGACAAAAUCUGAUUGGGAGAUCGUCAUGACAACCACGAUUCCUGCUGCUCAGAAGUGUUCAGUUGUCAUGGAUAGACUGUGGAAGCUUGACCUGCGGUCACCAAAUGAAGAUACAUAUGCGAUGAUUACCGUUGUUCUUCUUCUCACUGAGACCCAGAGAUUUAUGGAUGCCGUUCAGCUACGAUCGAGCUACCUUUCUGUCAAGGGCUUGGUGAAGAGUUUUCUGAAGGGUCGCAUCGGCAAUCUGCAGCCUACUUGGACUCACAAAGAUCUUCCUCCAGUGGUUGCCGCUUUGGAGCAGGAAAGGGUGGCAACCGCAUAUGCUGAAGGAGAUGGACCUGCAUCUCUACCUGAAGGCAUCACAAUGGAAUACUUGCAACACUGGAUGAACGUAGUGCCCCAACGUUCAAACAGCAGCAGCAUUUCAAUCAGUUUGCCGAAGAGUGUGCCGUGGCAAGUCCCAGGCAUGCAUGGAGGAAUGCUGAUGGGAAAUAUGGGCAUGAUGCCGAUGGCUCUGCCUAUGCACCAUGGGAUGAUGAUGUCACCCGGAAUGCAUCAACCUUCCUUGCCUGCAUUGCCUGCACCUGCAAAUCUGUGUCAACCUGCUUCGUCUCAGUUGGGACUGCAGUAUCCUGGACAAUUGGCUUUACCUGCACCACCUUCUGCGACAUCGGCUGUCUCACCAAGCGCUGUGACAGCACCAACUGUCACCGCACCAGCUGUGACAGCAGCUGCUGUCACAGCACCUGUUGUGGCCACUGAGAUUGAAGUGGUUCCUGCGAGGGCGACUCCAGUGAAAAAGCCUUUGGCUCUCACUGAUGGAUCGGUUCAGGAUGAUGUCAAUAAGAAAGAACAUGGUCAAGGCACUUCAGCUGUCGAUGUGUCCAUGCAGUUGGAGAAAGCACUUUCAGCUCGAGAUGCUGAGAAAAAGGAUAGCAAGGCAAAGCAAGACGACGAAAAGAAAGACAAACAGAAAGACCAGAAGGACGAUGAAACAGUAGAAGAACAGAAGCCUUGCCUCAAACGUCCUGCCACGAAAGCAACAAGGAAAAGUCAGAUGAAGCGCCCAGCUUCUUCCUCUUCAGUGGUCCCACGUGUUCCAGAAGUGCCCAAGCAGAAAGCCACGAAGAAAAAGGAAAAGAAAGAUAGCAGCAAGACGAUGGAAUGCAAGAAGAAGCAAGCCAAGUCAGGAGGCCACUGCAAAGGCCCUAUCACCAAGAAGCAAAGGUUGAAGCUUCGACCAGAGGGAUGCUCCGGUUGCCGCUUUGCUGACAGAGUGCAGGAGCAAUGGAAGCAACAGAGCAGGAGUCGAACUGCUACAUCUGGUGAAGCCCCUUCAGCUCCAAGUUCACUUCAACAACAAGCUCGGGAUGCAGCUUCCUUGAUGGUGCUUGCUCAUGAGCUUCACAACGCUGAUGAGGAGUACGACAUGUUUACGGACCAGCUCGAGUGGGAGGCAGAGGUGCAAAAAGAAGCAGAGAAGAUGAAGCAAGAACAAGCAUCCCAAUGCCAAUUUGGACAGGAAGUGAAGCAAGAAAUUGAUGAAAGUGAGAAGACAGAGGUUGACAGCGUCGGCCCUGAUCUACAAGAUAGGAUACAACAUGCACUCCUGAAUGCAUUGUUGCAAGAUGCUCUACGUGAAAGAGCUGCUGGUGACCUUCGAAAGCACGAUGAACAUGUGCCGAUCCAAGAAAGCAAACCUAAAAGCUGCCCAGUGCGACCUCCAGUCAAAGCAGCAGCUCCAUGCACCAAUGAGCCCAAGACGGUUGCUCCACUUCCACCACUACCACCGCCUAAGCAGCCUCCUCCAGCCCCACUGCCAAUGCCGAAUGAACAGAGAAAAGAUCAGGAACGAGUGCGUGGGCCUGCAGGACCUGCUCAUGAAGGAUACUACUAUGAAAUGCUUGGAUCCCGUCGAAAGUAUGAGCGCCUCGUGAGGAAUAAAUUUAGAAAAAGAGGUCCACGCACAGAAAAAAACCAAGCAAAUGCCGAAGGUGAUCCAUGGUGGUCAUAUGAAUGGCCAGAAAAGACGACUGCAGAUGCCAAAAGUGAUUGGUGGUCAUCUGAAUGGCCAGAAAAGACUGAUGCAGAUGCCGAAGGUGAUUGGUGGUCAUCUGAAUGGCCAGAAAAGACUGAUGCAGAGGCCGAAGGUGAUUGGUGGUCAUCUAAAUGGCCAGAUGCCACACCAGACAAGUCAUGGAUGUAG